AAUAUAAGUAGUGACAAUUAAACUAAAUAUGGGUUCUUCCUCGAAAAUCUGGAUGAUAUGGACAUGUUUUUUCUGAGUAUGUCAAGAAUGACAAAACAAUUACCAAAAUUUGAACAAGCUCAAAUUAAACUUGCAUUAAGUAACUCAGUAUUAUCUGCCGAAAUAAGAUGUAAUCAAGAACCAAGGUCUUCAGCUAUUUAUCCCAGUUAUCCUACACAACACCUAUAGGUUUCAACUCAUUCCCCAGCACCUAGUAUGAGUAGCUUGCAGACAAUGCCAUCAGCUUCAAGUCAAUCCUCAGCGCCUAAACAACAUUAUCAAGGAUCAGUGGACCAACAUAUUGCAGUACAAGACCAGACUCCUACCAGACCAACAUUACUUCAAAUGAUGUCCAUUCCGCAAUACCAAUAUCAGUGAAAUUAUAUUUUUUUAUUUGAAAAAUGAAAUCGAAAUUUUGUAUAUUGUGGCUUUUUAUGUGGUUGUGUUCACCAACCAACAGUAUGAAAAAAAUUCUUAUUGGUUUAGGAGAACCAAAUGAGCCAGAAUCAUUAAAAGCAAUGAACGCUGAAGACGAAUGGUUUACACAGAAAUUAGAUCAUUUCAAUCAUACUGAUAAUAGAACGUGGAAACAGAGAUAUCAAGUGAAUUUGAACUAUUAUAAAGAUGACGGACCAGUGUUUUUGAUGAUUGGAGGAGAAGGAGAAAUUUCAGCUAAAUGGAUGCGCAGCGGAUCCUGGAUUGAUUAUGCUAAAGAAUUUAAUGCCUUAUGUUUUCAAUUGGAACAUCGGUAUUAUGGUGAAAGUCACCCUACUGAAGAUAUAAGUACUAGUAAUUUAGUGUACUUGAACAGCGAACAAGCUUUAGCUGAUUUGGCAGAAUUUAUUAUUAAUAUCAAAAUUAAAUACAAAAUAUCGUCUACAGCUAAAUGGGUAGCAUUUGGAGGAUCUUACCCUGGGUCUUUAGCUGCAUGGUUAAGAAUGAAAUAUCCACAUCUCAUACACAUAGCAGUUUCUUCCAGUGGGCCUUUGUUGGCAAAAAUUGAUUUUAAAGAAUAUUUUAUGGUAGUUGAAAAUGCAUUAGCAACAUAUAAGCCAGAAUGUGUGUCACAAAUAAAAGAAGCAAAUCAAAUGAUCAAUUAUUUGCUUAAAACCGAUCACGGAGCAAAAAUAAUUGAAAAAAAAUUCAAAUUGUGUGAUCCUUUAGAUAGAAAAAACGAUAAAGAUGUAUCAUAUUUGUUUGAAAUUUUAGCUGAUAAUUUCGCAGAAAUUGUACAAUACAAUAAAGACAACAGACAUUAUUCGAAUCCUGAUCGAUCCUCGGUAACAAUAGAAACUUUGUGUGAUAUAAUGGUUAACAAAUCAAUACCAACUCCAUUAGAUAGGUACGCAGCAGUUAAUAGUAAACUAUUAUCUUUACAUAAAGCAGAAUGCCAAGAUAACAUUUAUUCCCAAUUGAUUGAUUUUUAUAGAAAUACAUCUUGGAGCAGUAGUGCAGCAAGAGGUGGUCGACAAUGGACAUAUCAAACUUGUACAGAGUUUGGAUUUUAUCAGACAUCCAGUCAAGAUAAUCAUGUGUUUGGUCAUAACUUUCCAAUAGACUUUUUUAUUAAUUUGUGUAUAGACAUUUUUGGAAAAUCAUAUAACGCGGAACUAUUAUCGGAUGCUGUCGGAAGAACUAAUACGAUGUUUGGUGAUUUGAACAUAAUAGAAAGCCGGGUACUAUUCAUACAUGGUUCUAUUGAUCCGUGGCAUGCAUUAGGUAUUACGCACGUAAGAACAAAAAACAACGUGGCAAUUUUUAUUAAUGGGACAGCUCAUUGCGCAAAUAUGUAUCCUCCGGCAUCGUCAGAUCUUCCGGAAUUAACGCAAGCUCGUACUACUAUCAGAGCAUAUUUGAAAGAAUGGUUGGCAGAAAAUGAUUUUGUUGAGUCAGCUCAAUAUACAUAGUAUGCGAUACGUUUAUUAAAUUUUAAUACUUAUUUGUGGUUGUAAUUAAUUAUUAUUAUAAACAUAUUAUAAAAUA